UAUUUAACUUAUUUAGUGAGGUCGUUAUUGAGCGUUAAAGUUUACAGGACAAUGUAUAAUAAAGCGUCUGGAUAUCAGUCUCUACCGCAACGAGAUUUGCUCACUGCCAAACCGGGGUUGUUCGUGGCGACAGAAAGCUUCGUCCAAUCUCCAUUCCACCAUCAUAAAGGACAUUCGUUUGACUACAUCCCCAAUGUUAGAGACAACGACUACAGUGACUCCACUCAGGGAUGGCUGUCCUGGAUCUGCAAUGUUAUUGUCUGCUUCAUGGUCUAUGUCUGCACCUUCAUAACCUUCCCCAUAUCAGGCUGGUUCGGAAUAUCUGUCCUCCAGGUUGUCCCUAACUACCAGCGCAUCGUAGUGUUUCGUCUGGGCAGAGUACGUCCUCCUAAAGGGCCAGGGGUGGUGUUGCUUCUGCCUCUUAUUGACCAAUGGCAGAGAGUUGACCUACGAACCCGGGCCUUCAACAUCCCUCCAUGCCAGGUUACUACCAGGGACGGAGGUGUGGUGUCUGUAGGGGCAGAUAUUCAGUUCCGUAUCUGGAGCCCGGUGAUGUCAGUCGUGUCGGUUCAGGAUCUUAACGCCUCCACACGCCUCACUGCCCACAACGCCAUGACAACCAGCCUGGGCAGGAAGAGCGUCAGGGAGAUUCAGACCGAGAGAAUCAAGCUGGGAGAAUACCUUGGGGUGAGGCAGCAGCACACAUCAUAUUACUGAACAAAAAUAUCAACU